AUUUCCUUAUUUGUCGGAGAAAGAAGGGGGAAUAAUUCUGAUCCCAUGGGAUUCUUCGGAAGGAUCGCGAGCUUCUUUGGGUUGACGAGGGACGACGGAGAGGAGGAUGAGGCGGCAACGGCCCGCUUCGCAACCGGACGGUCCGGCACCGGCAGAGGGAUCGCCGUGCAGGUCCCCGUGGCCACCGAGCUGCCCAGCCUCGGUCCCGUCCUCCUCCCCUGCGAUCCGGGCGAAGGCAGUGUUCAGGGUUUCAACUGGUAUACAAGUCGAUUACGCAUGGAUGAAGAUGGAGAUGUGGCAGAUGAGUUCUUGUGCGAAGUUGUGGAUGACAACCCCACUACCAAGAGCCAGUCAAGACCACCUAAGUUACGGGUGAACUACAAUACACGCCAUAUUUCUACGGCCAUGAGAAGACAGGUUGUCAUUGCAGAUGGGAAUAUAUACCAAGCUUUGGAGCAGCAAGGAAGAUUGCAGUGGGUGUGAUUACUCAAGGACCACCCAAAGCUACAAUGAAUCAACCCCCGAACACCAGUGCCCAUGUAAUGGAAGUGUAAACUCCUUAAGGUGCUUAAACUAGUGAGUUCUCAACUUUGUAAAGCUGCAGCGAAAAUCUAGCUCUCACAUCACUUGUGAUGUUCUUAGAUUGCUCAUUGUUCCCAUAUUUCUUAUACAUUGUCACGACAAUUGUUAUACUGAUUUGUGGCCAAUUUAUCAUUUGCACAAUGAUUUGGUUUCUAUUAA